UUUGAGUUGUAGUUGGAUUUGUCGUCUCUGUUUUUUUUUAUCUUCGAAGUUCGAAUGGAUCUUAAAUAAGAACCACCAACCACGCUGUGUUCUCUGAUUGCACUACUCCUUUGUCGGUGUUUGAUCAGCUUUAGCUCAUUUUGUUUUUCUUUUAAGUUUUCACCAUUUAAUCAUUUACUUCAAAGGGGUAGCGUUGAUAAAUAUUAAAUAGUACAAAUCUGCAAGCUUCAUUAUUUCCUUCACUCUUUUUUUCCCGAAGUUUUUUCCACACAAUAGUACCCCUUUUGCUAUAUAUAAAAACACCACAAUUCAAUCCAUUUUAGCAUUUGACUCGUUCUUAUUUGUCCAAAAUGGGAAGUGUUGGAAUGAUGGUCAGCAAAACAACUCUGGUUUGUGCUCCAUUAAUGGCUGAAACUGUGGAGCAAAUAAUGACUGACAUGUACAAGGCAAAAGUGCAAGGUGCUGAUUUAGUUGAAAUCAGGUUGGACUAUAUUAAGAACUUCCAGCCUCGCCAAGACCUUGAAACCAUACUCAAAAAGAAGCCAUUGCCAGUGCUCAUCGUGUACCGGCCAAAGUGGGAAGGUGGUCAGUACGAAGGUGAUGAGCACACACGGCUGGAAACUCUUCAUACGGCCAAAGAACUGGGAGCUGAUUACAUUGAUUUUGAGCUCAAGGUGGUUUCUAAUCUUAUGGAAGAACUGAAAAUGAAUUGUCACAGUGGUAGCAAAGUUAUUGUAUCAUGCUAUGUGAAUGGUGUGACCCCUUUAGAAGAAGAUCUGAACCGUCUUGUCACGAGCAUGCAAUCUACUGGAGCAGAUAUGAUCAAACUUGUCAUAAAUGCAACUAAUAUUACAGAAAUAUCAAGAAUUUUUCAUCUUCUCUCACAUUGCCAGGUUCCACUAAUUGCAUACUCAAUAGGUGAAAGAGGUCUUAUAAGCCAGAUACUGUGCCCAAAAUUUGGCGCUUUUCUGGUCUACGGAUCUAUGGAAGGAAACUCAGUUCCAGGACUGCCUACUUUGGAAAACCUUAGACAGGCUUAUAAAAUUGAAGAUAUUGAUGAAGAUACUAAAGUUUUUGGGCUCAUCUCCAAACCAGUUGGCCACAGCAAAGGCCCUCUAUUGCAUAAUCCUACUUUCAGGCGUGUGAAAUAUAAUGCAAUAUAUGUCCCAAUGUUUGUUGAUGACCUCAAGGACUUCUUUAGUGUCUAUUCUAGCCCGGAAUUUGAAUUUGCUGGAUUCAGUGUUGGGUUUCCAUACAAAGAAGCUGUAGUUGAAUUUUGCGAUGAAGUCCAUCCACUUGCGAAGGCAAUAGGUGCUGUCAAUACUAUUAUAAGGAGGCCAAGUGAUGGGAAAUGGGUUGGCUAUAAUACAGACCGCGAGGCGUCAAUAACUGCAAUUGAAGAUGCUCUAAAACAUCAGGGAUACACUAAUGGGGAAACAUCUUUCGAUUCACCUCUUGCUGGAAAACAAUUUGUGCUAGCUGGUGCUGGAGGUGCAGGAAGAGCCUUAGCAGUUGGUGCCAAAAGCAGAGGAGCUCGGGUGGUCAUUUUCGACAUUGAUUUUGAGAGAGCAAAGACUCUUGCUCAUGAGGUAUCUGGUGAAGCUCGGCCUUUUGAAGAGGUGUUUAACUUCCAUCCAGAGAAAGGGGCAAUCCUUGCAAAUGCAACACCUCUGGGAAUGCAUCCAAACACAGAUAGAAUUCCUGUAGCUGAGGUGACCUUGCAGGAUUACCAGCUUGUCUUUGAUUCUGUUUACACACCAAGAAAGACCAGACUAUUAAAAGAUGCUGAGGCUGCAGGAGCCAUCAUUGUGAGCGGAGUUGAAAUGUUCCUCCGGCAGGCCAUUGGCCAGUUCAAACUCUUUACAGGAAAAGAAGCACCUGAAGAGUUCAUGCGGGACAUCAUCUUAGCAAAGUUCUGAUGAUGUAUUGCAUUACACAGAAAAUGUUUUAACUUGUUAUAUGUAUCUUAUGCUUCCAUUUCUUUAUUAAUUCAAACUUGAUCACAAAGAAAUUUGGAUAUGCUAAAAUUGCAUAAAAUAUUUUCUAAGACCAAGAAAGAAAAAUAAUAUGCUUUGUGAAUUUCUCAGGAUCAAA